AUGAGCGUACGCAGAGCAGGUGCGCAGAACCGCACCCACGCGAAGGCCGUGGGGGUCGUGACUCGCUCCAUGCGCCUCCUGCUGGACACGGACGACCAGAACGGAAACAAGGUGGCGAGCGGCAGCGACAAGGCCUCCUCCCCGGAGUCCACGCGGAGCAGCAGCAGCCUGAGCAGCAUCGGGAGCAGCCGGCAGAGCCCCGCCGACGUGGAGAUGCUCGACUGCUGCCUCGGCAAGGAGGCCGUCCCCCUGACCAAUGAGGGCUUCGGCCCCGCCCCUUUUCACGGCUCGGGGUGUGGCCAGGACGAGGGGAUUACGCGCCUGGAGUCCGACGGCAAGCCCACGUCCCUGUACCUGGACACCAAGCCCGACAACUGGAACGACAACCUCGCCUUGGCGAUGACCGGUCUCCAAGACGACGCCCGCCGCGGCGAGGGCAGCGACCGGAGCGCGGACGCCUCUCCCGACUGUGCCGUGAGCGAGGGCGGCGGCGGCGACGAGCCCGCCAUCCCGUCCCGCUGCGGCUCCUGCGACGGCCGGGUCUCCUCCGCGUCCGUCAGCUCCGGGGACACGGCGCUCAACAGCGACGGCGUCGGCCUGAGCGAUUCGGGGAGCGACGGGCCCCCGAGCGCCUCCCUCCUCGGGGGGUCCCCCGCCCCGACUCCGGCGCCCGGCGACAUCGGCACGUCGUCGAUCGCGCUCCCCGACGUCUGCGAGGGCCUGCGAGACAGAACGCCGAAGGCUGGCGCGUCGGGCGAGGACGGCGAUUCCCAGCCUGGCGGUGUUGCCCUUUUCCCUCGGCCGGGUGGCGAGGACACGUAUUUGGCCAUCGACGAAAGUCCGCCGGGUCCGCCGUGCGAAGCGGAGGCGAAGGAAGGCCGGUCGACAGGCGCUGCUGAGCGGGAGUGCUCCUCCCCCGCGCCGCUGUGCAGGACCUACGUGGAGGCGGAGCCGCUGCAGUGCAGCUCUGGCGCGUGCACGCCCGUAGGGGGCGGGACCUUUUUGGUGCUCGGCUCGGAGGACUCGGACACGAGCUGCGGGGCGCAGACCUCCACCCCGGUGCAGGGCUCGGCCGAGAACAAGACCUUCUGCCUCCCGCCCCCGUCCGAGUCGCCGUGCCGGGAUAACCGUGGCAACGUGGGCAGCCCUGCCGCUCGCCCCCCGAAAGGGCGGCCGCGUCCCCCCGUCCCGCCAUUGCCCGCCGCCUCCAGGCCGCCCGCGUCCGCGGCCCACCGGCGCGCCAAAACGGUCCCGACCAGGUUCCCGCAGCCCGACCUCAAGAACGUCAAGCCGAAGGUCAUGUCCCGGCCAACCACCCCGCUAAGGGUGUCCAACCUCGCUCGGGUCGCGACCACCCCCAGCAAACCCGCUCCGGCCAAUCAGAACGCCCCCGCUGGUUCGCCUGCCCAGAGAAAAGGGGAAGCGGGCGACGGGGGCAAAAGACUUGGGACAUCCUUAAACUCAAACAAGGGGGUGGCUCAGAAGUCCAGGCCACGCAGACGUUCGGAGUGCGAUUCUGCUGUAAGGCCGCGUAGGGACAGCCUGCUCUCCUCCGCACAGAGGGACACGGCGAACAGGGGCGGCUCUUCUGCCAGUAACGUGACGUUCGACACCCUCGUGCCCCCGUCUGAGCCCGGGCGACGGAAUACGCCGGUUCAGGGGGCCGACACCCCGGGCGGGACGGUCCGACCCUCUGAGGCAGGACCGCGGGAGAAUGGGACCCCAGCAGAACGCUGUGCAGAGAACCAGGAAGUCGGUUCGGCUGCGGCGGCGGACGGGGCGGACGGGGCGGACGGGGGGCGAGGCAGACUUGGACCGAGGCCAUCCCCCGGCGGAGCGAGAGGCGCCUCGUCCUCCAGAGCGCCGGCCGCGGACCAGAGAGCGCCGGCCCCCGCACCCAAACCCGCCGCUUCCAGCAAAGAUGGCCGAGUCUCCGGCGGCAUGUCAGUCUCACGGGCCAGGCAUACCGCCGCCGCUGCCGGAAGUCAGAAAGCGAGACUGACGGAGAGGCCGUCGGUCGCCCCCGGCGCCAAACCCACCCUGGGCCCGGGCGUGGCCCUGCCGCGGUCCGCGGGCGUGUCCAGGCUGCCCGUGAAGUCCCAGGACCACGGCGAGCCGGGUCCGGCCACAGGCGGCACACAAGCAGCUUCGGUUCCUGCCAAUGGCGGUAAGGCGGGUCCUGGGCCCCCAGCCCCUCGGCAUGCUGGGAAACCGCCCAUCACCAAGACCACCGGGGGCGUGAGAGUCGUCGUCCAGUCUCCUCAGAGGAAGGCCCUCGCUGCAGGAGUGAAGAAUGCGGCUGUACCGAACCAGACGCCCUCGAAGUUCACGGCGAGCCCACUGCACCGGGCCGGGUCCGGAAGGUUCCAGCGGCCGGCCACGGCUCCGCCAGUGGACCGGAGCAGGCAGCAGCGGGCGAGCCCCCGGACCCAGGCUCCCGCGCCGACGCCCGCGCCGCCGGACCUGCUGCCCGCCGACACCAAGCCGCCGGGCGCGGAGCUCCACCGGCCGCGGGCCGACGGCGGCGCCGGCGGCAAGCGCCUCCAGCAGCUGAAGAAGCUCCUCGCCUCCGGAAACCGCCGGUUCGAGGCCGUCGCCGUGGUAAUUCAGCACGUCGUCACGGAGCGUGAGGAGGCCGAGAAGCAGAAGCGAGAGCUGUCUCAGGAGCUGCUGACCCUGCGAGGGGAAUUGGUGACCUCGUCCGCGUCCUGCGAGACGCUCGAGCGGGAGAAGGAUGAGCUGCGCGCGGCGUUCGACGGCGUCAUGCGCAAGGCGCAGGAGCAGCACCAGAGCGACCUGGCCGACCUGGAGCAGCGGCUCAAGGCCUUCUACUCGGCCGAGUGGGAGAAGAUGCACCAGGCCUACCAGGAGGAGGCCGACCGCUGCAGGAGCCAGAUGCAGCAACAGCUGGACGAUUUCAAAUCCAAGCACGAAGCCUUGAGGAAAGAACUGGAAGAUGGCCACGCGGAGAAGCUGGAGGGCCUGAAGCAGCACUACGAGGCGACGUUGGAAGAACUCAGGACCAGCCAUCAAGAGGAAAUGGAAAGUUUGGACAAAACGCUUAAGGAAGCUGAAGCCAAGCUAACCGAGCAAGUCCAGGAGCUCACGGCCGAGAACAGCGCUUUGAACGAGAAGCUGAACGCUGAAGAGGAGCGGAGGAGAAUUCUGGCUGAGAAAUGUCAGAAGGACUCCCACACCCUCUAUCUGGAGCAGGAGCUGGAAAGCCUCAAAGUGGUGCUGGACAUCAAGAACAAGCAGCUGCACCAGCAGGACAAAAAACUGAUGCAGAUGGACAAACUGAUGGAAAAGAGCGUGAAGCUGGAUGAAUGCCUGAAGAAGGUCCAGCAGGAGAACGAAGAUCUGAAGGCCAGGAUGGACAGACAUGCCGCGCUGUCGAGGCAACUGUCGACGGAGCAGGCGGUGCUGCAGGAGUCCCUCCAGAAGGAGUCCAAGGUGAACAAGCGGCUCUCCAUGGAGAACGAGGAGCUCCUGUGGAAGCUGCACAACGGGGACCUGAGCAGCCCCCGCAAGCUCUCGCCCACGUCGCCCUCCAAGACCUUCCAGUCGCCGCGCAACUCCGGCGUCUUCUCCAGCGCGCCCGUCUCCCCCAGAUAGCGCUUUGCCCGCCCCCCAUGGCUUCGCGGAAGCUUCCGGGGAAACCGAGCCGGACACGGACUCCUCGGGCGAAAAAAAGGCUAUAUUAGCUGCGCACGGCUAGCCGCGACACGCCGCCUGAAGAAGACCAUUCUAAAAUGGAUACAUUUCUGCUGAUUUACUAUAUAUAUAUAUAUAAAUAUAUAUAUAUAAAGACUUUGGAAUGACAUUGUUGCACAGAAGCACUUAUUGAGCAAGGCUGACCUUGUUCUUUGCCUUUUUUU